AUGCUGCAGCGUACAUUACUCUGGCUGCUAUCUGCCGCUGUCGCGCGUGCGGUGGACACCCUCGUGGAACUUGAGUAUGCGAGAUACGAUGGUGUUCAGAACGACACGGGCGUGACACAUUGGCUUGGGAUGAGGUUUGCUGCUCCACCUGUGGGCGACCUUCGCUUUGCGCCGCCGCAGGACCCAGAAGACACUGGCGACAAGGUCAUGUCCGCAGAUGAGCACGGUCCGAUCUGCCGUUCAACACCCGGGGAGCCUGACUCCAACACCACUGACGAGGAUUGCCUGUUCAUUGAUGUCUACGCCCCGUCGGAUGCUACUACGGACAAUCUCUUGCCGGUAUAUUUCUACAUCUCCGGUGGCGGUUUCAACAGCAUCUCGGACGCAAACCUAAACGGCACCUCGCUCAUCCAAGCCUCAAACCACUCCAUCGUCACGGUGACAUUCAACUACCGCGUUGGCCUUUUCGGCUUCCUCGCCUCCGCCGAGGUCCGCGACGACCCUACAGCCUCAGUCAACAAUGGCUUGCACGACCAGCGGAAAGCUCUGGAGUGGGUGCAGAAGUACAUCCACCACUUCGGCGGGGAUCCAAAGCACGUCACCAUUGGCGGCGCGAGUGCUGGGGCCGCGAGCGUUUUCUACCAUCUGACGGCGUAUAAUGGGCGUGACGAUGGCUUGUUCCAUGCCGCUGCUGCAGAGUCGCAGUCUUUUGCGACGGUGUUGACUAUUGAAGAAUCCCAAUAUCAGUACGACUACAUCAUCAACGCCACGAACUGCAGCACCGCCGGCGACACUCUCUCAUGCCUCCGCUCCGUCCCCGCCCCCGACAUCCAACGCGUUAACAAGAACAUCCCCUUCCCCGGCUCCCCCGGCCCUCCCCAAUACAUGUACAACGUCGUGAUCGACUCCACCCUGGUCCCCGACCUGACCUACCGCCUCUUCGCCACCGACCAAUUCCUGCGCGUCCCCGUCAUCUUCGGCGACGACACCAACGGCGGCACCGUCUUCGUGCCCCGCAACACCAGCACGCGCGCCGACCAAGACGCCUACCUACUCAACCAAUUCCCCUACCUGACGCGCGACAUGCUCGACGCCCUCGACGCCCUCUACGCCAACCCCAACGCCACCUGUCCCAACACGGGCUGCCUCUGGCGCAAGACCAGCGACAUCUAUGGUGACUUGCGCUACAUGUGCCCCGGCCUGUAUAUCAGCGAGGCCUACGCGGCCGCCGGCCUCCCCAGCUGGAAUUAUCGGUAUGACGUCGAGGACCCGGCGCAGAUCGAGGAGGGACUGGGCGUGCCGCAUACGGUGGAGCGCAGCGUCAUUUGGGGGUAUGGGUAUCCCGAGAGCUAUGGGCCCGGAGGGGUGAAUGCGUGGGCGGUGCCGCUGAUUCAGGGGUAUUGGACGAGUUUCAUCAGGGCCUAUGAUCCAAAUAGGUAUCGGGUCGAGGGGGCGCCGGCGUGGGAGGAGUGGAGGGCUGGGGGGUGGGAUAGGUUAUUGUUUGGGACGGAAGGGGGGACGGGCAUGGAGAGUGUGGAUGAGGUGCACAGGGGGCAGUGUGGGUUUGCGUUUGGGGUGGGGGUGGACAUUAGGCAGAGGUAA